GAUAACGUAUAUGCUCGAGAGAUAACGUUGCAUGAAUUAGGCGUUUUGCACGACGGUUUGGCUCUGACUGGGCCACUCCGACUCAGGUUACAAUCGUCCUCUCCUAGAUUCAUCCAACGAUAUCACGAGUUGAGAAAUCACAUCGCGCGACUGAAUAUUGACGCAGAUAACGAAGAAACGUAUGCC